AUGUGCAGUUUGCCAGGUUUCACAUUGCAAUAUGGUACGCCUGCUAUGAAGAGCGGUUCAAUGAGCCGAUGUGCACUCCUCCUUCUGCAUUUAGUUUGUGUCGCAGAAGGAUGGGUGCUUGUAUCGAAAGAGGGGAGGAUCACACUUCUCGGAGGACUCGAUAUAGAUCCCACACGGACUGGUAUGACAGCCAACAUCAUCUUCAAGAAGCAAGGGGUGCGCCAGUGGGAGAUGAAGUACAGCGACUCGGCCUUGCCCGGCGAUGAGAACAAUCAGUCUGGACUGGCUGGGAAGUUCUACUUGUCGAACAAGGACUCUGACAGAGUUUUCGCCAUCGAUGAUAACGGGCAGACAGAAGUACUUGGUAGUUCUCUCAUUGUUGGUCAGCCCGGGGCCAAUGAGUCCAAUCUCUACAUCGGCACCAACCAGCCCUGGAACCUCCAGACUGGCCUCUACCAAGGGGAGUCCAUGUUCGAACUCACCGACCCACUAUACCGUCCCAGGAUCCGAGUCUACAACAACCCCGGCAUCUACACCGGUGCAGCAUUCUUCUCGGCCGUGUCGAUCCUCGGAAAUACCCUCAUGGGCAGCAGUCUAUCAGUUUUUGGCCCUUGGAUUCGUUUGGGCGGAGAACUCUCAGUCUUGCGACGUACCAACCUUGGGAGCUCCUUGUCGGUGCGCAGCCACAUGCGUGUGGGUUCAUCCUUCUCCGCCUUCAGCUUGAGUCGGAUGGGAAGCUCUUUGCCGGUGUGUGAGCUCAGUGCCGACCGAUGGAGCGAUGUCAAUCUCGAGAUCACCUACAGGUGGGAUGUGACUAUGAAGGAGCAUAUCGCUUCAGAGUAUCCUUUUUGCGCGGUGCAGCAGUGUAGCAGAGAGAUGCACAGCUUUGCAGUGUCCGUCCUGGACUUUGUGCAUGCAGGCCCUGUCAGAUCUCUGGAUUUCGUGACGUAUCCGAUACGGUUGGACAGGGCAGCGUUGGACUUCGUUCACAUCGACUCGCCGAUUUUGCUUCGCAGCUUUGGACAUCCAGGACCAGCUGUCUCUGUGUUGGAUUCCACGAGCUCGAGAGCACGGUUGAAGUUUGACAAAGUUGCAGAGCGGGAGGUCCGGGUAGCUCCACAUCGACCAGAUCUUUCAGUUGACCAGGCCAUUGAGGACUGUCGCUUUCAGUUAGGCUUGGCUUUAUCAGUGCCUGACCCUGCCACAUUGGGGCUGUCUUUGUUCGUUCGAGGAUGUGUUUGUUUGGAACCUGUGCCAUUCUCACUGGAGCUUGCUCAUAUUGGUUCUUCGACCUUGUUGAGGUCUUCCAGCUACCUGGGCCCAUUGCUGCUGGUCCCAGAUCCUUCGCACCUGGAGUUCUUUCCGCCUUCACAGGGCCAUGCCAGAGCCGGCCCCUCAACUUUGCUGUUUGGGACAGUCAAGCCAGGGUCGUCGUUGUUGGCGCUUGACCCUGCACUCUUUGGACUUUCUGUGUCACUGCGCGGUCUGAGUUGUUCGGGACCGGUGUUGCUGGCUCUUGACUUUGUGCACGUUGGAUUCUUGAUGUUCCUCAGAAGCUACACGUGUCCCGGGCUAUCCUUGUUUGUCCUGGACUUUGUUCACUCAGACUCCUUACUUUUCCUGAGGAGCUACAGUUGCGCAGGUUUCGCACCUUCAUCGUUGGACUUUGCUGUUGCUGGUUCAUUGCUGUCGACACGCAGUCUCACGCACCUGGGUUUUCUGUCGCCGGUGUUGGACGUUGUUGGAUCGGGCUCGUCAUUGCUGCUGCACAGCUUUGGCUUGUUGGACUCUGUGGUGUUCACAUUGGGUGUUGGACGUCUUAGCUCUUUGCUUUCAGUUCUGGACUCCACUACCGUGGGAUCAUCCUCACUUGUAAGGUCCCUGACAUACCUCGGCUUUCUGCUGCUGGUGUUGGACUCCACUCAUUCAGGAUCAUCUCUGAGCCUCAGAGGCUUUGCGCGUGCAGAAUUGUUGCUGCUUGUGUUGAACUUUGCAACCUCAGGCUUGCCUCCACUUGUGAGGGGUUGCGCAUGCCUUGGCUUGGUGCUUUUGGUGCCUGAUUCUGUAGUGCUGGGUUUGUUGUUGCCAGCGCAGUCUCCAGUGUGUCCAGGGUUCGCUCUAUUUCUGUUGGAUCUCAGCCAUCCAGGACUUUCUCCUUCCACCAGAAGCUUUGCAUAUCCUGGCUCGUUGUUGUUUGUUUGCUCGCUGGUCCGAUUUGGUUCCUCCCCUUUGGCAUCAGAUGCUGUUCAUUUGGGACCCUCUUCAUUGGUGCAUGGCUGUGUGAGAUCGGCUUCUGCGCUACCAGCUUUGGACUUUGUCAAUUCAGAUUUUGCAAUAUUUUUGCAAGGCUUUGCCCAUCCAGGAUUUGCACUCCUUGCUUCAGACUUUGGCCACUUGGACUCCUUGAUGAGCUUGAGAGGUUGUGCGCGCCUGGGCUUUGCUGUGUCAGUCUUGGAUUUCCUUCACCUUGAACUGUUGCUUCCACCCAGAAGUUCUUCGAAGUUGGGUUUGGGACUUUUUGCGUUGGACCUCACACAUCUUAGCAGCUCCAUGUCACUUCACAGCUUGGCCUGUUUUGACUUAUUCGUGCCAAUAAGUGGGUCAGCACGGUUGGAGUCACUGUCGCCCGUGCCAGAUUUUUUACAUCUAGGGUUUGUACUGCUGCUUCAGAGUUUCUCCUGCUUAGAAUCUCUGUUGUUUGCACUUGACCUUGCGGUCUUGGGCUCACCUCUGUCAUUGCAUGGCUGUGCUUGCCUCGGCCCUGUGUCAUCAGCCUUGGAUUUUGUACACCUUGACUUGUCACUCUCAGUCCGUGGGUUCGUUCGAUUGGAACUGAGUCUCUUAGUGCUUGACCUUGCUCAUCCAGAGUCUUCAUUGCUCUUGCGCGGAGGUGCCCAGUUGGGACUAGUCAUGUUGACUUCAGUCCAGCGCUAUUUGUGUUGGAUUGUGCGCAUUUGGGGCCUUCCUUUUUUGGAUUUUACAGUGCUGGAUCCGCCUUUGCCGGUGCAUGGUUUCGCACGACUUGGUAGCGCUUUGUUGGUGCUGGACUUUUUGCACUCGGGCCCUUUGAUACUUCUGAAAGGAUUUGCUUGGCCAGAACCUGUCUUGCUGGUGCUGGAGAUGGUCCACACAGGCCCCUUGCCAUCACUUCGUGGUCGUGCUUAUCCUGGAUUGCCGCUCUUUGUCCUCGACUUUCAACACCUGGGUUCACUUUCGUUUCUACAAAGUCUCAGUUGCUUUGGCAGCUUGAUACCCUUGCUAGGUCUAGCACGCAUGGGCUUGGUCUUCUCACUGUCAGUGACAGACAUCACUAUUCUCGGCAGUUCAGCAUUGGCCAGAAGUCUUGCAAGGCUUGAAUCCUUUGUAUCAGUGCCAGACUUUUCGCACUUGGAUUCACUGCCUUCAUUGCACAACUACGCUUGUCUGCUCCCACCAUUGCGUGGUGUUGCCUGCUUGGACUUAGCCCCGCCAGCACCUGAUUUUGUUCACCUUGACUUCUUCUCGUUUCUGCAGGGAUCUGCUUGUCUUGGUUUGGUGCUGUCGGUGCUGGAUUUUACGACUGUGGACUUGUCCUCAUUUCUUCAGGGACGUGCUUGGCUUGACUCUGCUUCACUAGCCUUGAGCUUUGCUCAUUUGGGACCACUGAUGCUGUCGCAGGGCUAUGCCAAACUGGGCCUUGCUCCGCUGGUGCUGGAUUUCUUGCACUCGGAUCUCUCACUGCCCUCGAGGAGCUUCUCUUGA